GUAAGGCUGUUUUAAGACUGUUACAUCUUAAAAAAAAUUCACUUAGGUGUUGUUUUGUACAACACAAAGAUUACCACCCAGUUUGACCAGUUCAUGUUUUGGAUUGUAAAUCAUGAACAAAAGCAUGAAAAACAUUUAAAAAAAAUUUGUGUAGAAAAAAAAAAGCAAUGACCCUAAGGUGCUGUUUGUAAGGCUUAUAAGUAAGAAGAAAAGCGUUGUGAUCCCCAAGCGAGCUACACAGUCAGGUCUAACAAAUCGGUUAAGGCUCUAGCAUAUAUUGCUGUGUAUAUUUAAAAAAAAAAAAAAAGUGCUUACGCGGGCGCGCACACACACACGCACACGCACACACGCGGGCGCGCGCGAGCAUACGCGGAGCCCCCGGUUGCCUUUUUUCUUUUUUUUUGCCAGACAGUUACGCAUCCCUCGCAGCUUCACGUCACGCAGACUGGAGCUUCUUCGAAAAUGUACGACUUCGUAUGACUGCAAACACCUCCGAAUGUCGAAGAUAUCAGUGUAGGUGAUUCUGAGUGGGAGAAAACAAGCGUCAAGCUGCGGAGCUGCUUUUUUAAGAUGCUCUCUUAAAGCCGUGGUGUUGGAGGAACAGACCUCGCUGUUUAAAGCCCAGCCUUCGCAUCCUGCUGUCAGUUUUCAGGUAGUCUGAGGAAGCAGAAGGAAAGAAAUGAUUCAGACUUUGUUGGACACAGAAAGGACAAGCGGCGUGUUUUCUACCCGGGAUAGAGAUUUGCCCUCACAGCGCGCCUUUGCCUCACAACGCCGGCAUUUUACGGAUAUAACCUACGAAGGAGGGAAUUUUUCUUCUCUUUUUCAUUUUUUAAACUGAAGUGCCCCCCCCCCCCCUUUCCAGUAGUUCAUCGCUUCAUGAAUUCAUCAAUUCACCAAAUUCACCAAAUUCAUACCUUCACCCAGCGCCUUUCUCUCUCUCUCUCUCUCUCUCUCUCUCUCUCACUCUCUCUCUCUCUUUGGGCACGAAGAGACGCGGUGUAGCUUCUAAACAGUGUUGCAGCUCAACAUCAUCUUUCUCCAGGAUAAACAGCAUCAUACAGGGAGCUCCACGAGCAGAGGAACACACAGGCUUUUUCCUGAUAUGAGAUGCAGCAGAGAAGCUACCACUAGUCACUCAAGAUCAAGUAAAAUUUCCUGGCUUCGGAGAUAAAAGGUGGCUGUGAGAAGGGGCAUCCCCGGGCCAGGACCCAUGAGGAGGCAUAGAAGAUGCUCGCACCCUGGGCGCCUUUGCUCUUCUUAGCAAUGUGGGUGAGAAGUGCCACCAGUGGGCCACUCUCCUUCAGAUUAGCUGCAAUCCUCGAUGAUCCAAUGGAGUGCAGCCGUGGGGAGCGCUUGGCCAUCACGCUGGCAAAAGACAGUAUCAACCGUUCCAGCAACCGCUCUACAACAGGCAAGCUGGAGGUGGACAUCUUCGAGUUGCUCCGAGACAGUGAAUAUGAGACUGGAGAGACCAUGUGCCAGAUCAUGUCGAAAGGGGUGGUGGCAGUCCUGGGUCCCUCCGCCAGCCCGGCAUCCAACUCCAUCAUCAGCAAUAUCUGUGGAGAGAAAGAGGUGCCAUACGUGAAGGUGGCCCCAGAGGACAUACUGAAGGUGCAGUUUCCUCGUUUCACCACGCUAGACCUCAGACCCACCAACACUGACAUCAGCCUGGCUGUAGCUGGCCUCCUCACCUUCUUCAACAGCACCACAUCUUGCCUCAUCUGUGCUCAGGCUAACUGCCUAUUAAACCUGGAAGUGUUACUGCGACAAUUUCUCAUUUCCAAGGAAACACUCUCCGUUCGCAUGCUGGAUGACAGCCAAGACCCCACUCCCCUCCUCAAAGAGAUCCGAGAUGACAAGACUGCCACUAUCAUCGUCGAUGCCAAUGCCACCAUGUCCCACAACAUUCUGGAAAGGGCAUCAGAGUUAGGGAUGCUUUCUGUCUACUACACCUACAUCUUCACCUCACUGGAAUUUUCUCUGCUGCGACUGGAUGACGUAGCCGAUCAACGCGUAAACAUCAUCGGGUUCUCGGUCUUCAACAGAACACACCCCUUCUUCCAAGAUUUCCUUCUCAGCCUCAACCGCUCCUGGCAGGAGAACUGUGAUCAUGCCCCUUUUGCUGGCACACCGCUCUCAUCGGCACUGCUGUUUGACGCCGUACACACAGUAGUUGCAGCCGUGCAAGAGCUGAACCGCAGCCAGAAUGUAGGGGCAACUCAGCUCUCUUGCAAGUCCUCAAAAAUCUGGGAGCAUGGCACCAGCCUGAUGAACUACUUGAGGAUGGUAGAAUUGGAAGGUCUAACAGGCCACAUCGAGUUCAACAGCAGGGGCCAGCGCUCUAACUAUGCCCUGCGCAUCAUGCAGAACAGCAGGGAUGGCCUAAGGCAGAUCGGUCAGUGGCAUUCGGAGCAGGGGCUGUCUAUGGAGAAAAAGCUUCCGUCACUUAAUGUCACAGACACACUCUUCAACACCACUCUGAUCAUCACAACUAUCCUGGAGAAUCCGUACGUGAUGCUGAAAUCCAACUACCAGGAGCUGGAGGGGAACGAGCGCUAUGAAGGCUUUUGCGUGGACAUGCUGAAGGAGCUGGCCGACAUCCUAAAGUUCAACUACCGCAUUAAGCUGGUGAGCGACGGGUUAUACGGUGUCCCGGGUGCCAACGGAACCUGGACGGGAAUGGUGGGAGAACUCAUCGCCAGGAAGGCUGAUCUCGCCGUGGCUGGCCUGACCAUCACAGCUGAGAGAGAGAAGGUCAUUGAUUUCUCCAAGCCCUUUAUGACACUGGGGAUUAGUAUCAUGUACCGAGUGCAUUUGGGAAGAAGACCGGGGUAUUUUUCCUUCCUGGAUCCCUUCUCUCCAGGGGUCUGGCUCUUCAUGCUGUUGGCAUAUCUAGCAGUUAGCUGUGUGCUUUUUCUGGUAGCCAGGUUGACCCCCUACGAAUGGUACAAUCCACACCCCUGCCUGAAGGGACGCUGUAGUCUCCUCAUUAAUCAGUACUCCUUGGGGAACAGUUUCUGGUUCCCAGUAGGGGGGUUUAUGCAGCAAGGUUCUACCAUUGCUCCACGAGCUCUCUCUACACGUUGUGUCAGCGGAGUAUGGUGGGCCUUCACCCUUAUCAUCAUCUCUUCCUACACGGCAAACCUGGCUGCCUUCCUCACCGUCCAGAGGAUGGACGUUCCCAUCGAGUCUGUGGACGACUUGGCAGAUCAGACAGCCAUCGAAUACGGCACCAUGCACGGUGGAUCCACCAUGACCUUCUUCCAGAACUCGCGUUACCAGACAUACCAACGCAUGUGGAACUUCAUGCACUCCAAACAGCCCAGCGUAUUUGUGAAGAGCACGGAGGAGGGUAUCGCCCGGGUACUGAACUCCAAUUACGCGUACCUACUAGAGAGCACCAUGAACGAGUACUACCGCCAGCGCAACUGCAACCUCACGCAGAUUGGAGGCCUGCUGGACACCAAGGGCUAUGGCAUUGGGAUGCCUCUGGGCUCGGUGUACCGAGAUGAGUUUGACCUGGCCAUCCUCAGACUACAGGAAGAGAACCGGUUGGAAAUCCUGAAAAGGAAAUGGUGGGACGGUGGGAAGUGCCCAAAAGAGGAGGACCAUCGAGCCAAAGGACUUGGCAUGGAGAAUAUUGGUGGGAUCUUUGUAGUCUUGGUGUGUGGCCUCUUAAUUGCUAUCUUCAUGGCAGUGUUGGAGUUUGUAUGGAUGAUGCGUCACACUCCAGGAACAGAGUUGUCAGUGUGUGAGGAGAUGCUUCGGGAGCUACAAGGCAUUGUGCUGUGUCAGGACAGCCUGCAGCUGAGACGGAGACGUAGCGGUGGCCCCAGCUCUCUGCGCCCGCAUCCUCUACCGGCAGAGGACAGACAUGCCCGGCCCACAGGAACCAGCCUCAGCAACGGCAGGUUGUGCGCAGGCACGGGACUAUCAGAGCCGAUCUCCCACAAACUGGCACAGGAGGCGGCCAUCGUUGCACGCAGUUGCCGCCACAUCCGCAUCUGCCCCGAGUGCAGACGCUUCCAAGGGAUGCGCGUGCACCCACCAGGGACCCCACGGGCAUCGCCCACUCACAGUGACGAUAGUUUCGAGUGGGACAAAACCACCAACAGCAGUGAACCUGAAUAAUACACUCUGCUGGCUUUACACAAAAUUGAACAAGGAUCGAGAAACAGAUAAACUCGGAUAUAUAAAGACCUACGGUUUGCAGAUGUGUUUAUAUUUCCGAAAGCUGGACUCUCUGUAUACACUGCCCUCUCAUUCAUCUGCCCUGAAUAGCAUUUUGCAGCAAACAAAAAGGGGGCUUUGUACUAUGCAGUAUUUUUUUUUUUUUUUUUUUGUCUUACCGUGCUGUUGAUCUUACUUUAAAUUAUAUAUUUUUUUUGGUUGUGAGAUUACAGUUGUACUAUCACUAGAUUGCGAUUGCUAUUUUCUCCUUCACACAAUGACCGUGAUUACAGCUUUUAUUUUCUUCAACCAGCAGAGAGGCAUUCCUUACUGAUGACAGCCACAGGGAACGACUUAUGAAGACUUUUUCACAUCAUCACAUUCUCAAAGCAUUUUUUUAAGUGCCAGAUAAACCCAGUAUUGAUUUUUUUUUUCAGUCCCAGAUCAUGGCCUUGAGGAUACAACUGCGAAGAGAACUGAACACACCAUCAUGAUGAUAUCUUUUUAACUAUAGUGAUAUUCUAUUAAAAACAAAAAAAAAAACAAAAAAAAAAAAAAAGAUUUUAAA